AUGCCGCUCGCCCAGCUCAAGGAGCCCUGGCCGCUCAUGGAGCUGGUGCCGCUGGACCCGGAGAAUGGACAAGCCUCAGGGGAAGAAGCUGGGCUUCAGCCAUCCAAGGAUGAGGGUGUUCUCAAGGAGAUCUCCAUUACGCACCAUGUCAAGGCUGGCUCGGAGAAGGCCGACCCUUCCCAUUUUGAGCUCCUCAAGGUCCUGGGCCAGGGAUCCUUUGGCAAAGUCUUCCUGGUACGAAAGGUCACCCGACCUGACAGUGGGCACUUGUACGCCAUGAAGGUACUAAAGAAGGCGACACUGAAAGUGCGUGACCGCGUUCGGACCAAAAUGGAGAGAGACAUCCUGGCUGAUGUAAACCACCCGUUUGUGGUGAAGCUGCACUACGCCUUCCAGACCGAGGGCAAGCUCUACCUUAUCCUGGACUUCCUGCGCGGCGGGGACCUCUUCACCCGGCUCUCUAAAGAGGUUAUGUUCACGGAAGAGGAUGUGAAGUUUUACCUGGCCGAGCUGGCUUUGGGCCUGGACCACCUGCACAGUCUAGGCAUCAUUUACAGAGACCUGAAGCCUGAGAACAUCCUUCUGGAUGAGGAAGGCCACAUCAAACUCACUGACUUCGGCUUGAGCAAGGAGGCCAUCGACCAUGAGAAGAAGGCCUAUUCCUUCUGCGGGACGGUGGAAUACAUGGCCCCCGAGGUCGUCAACCGCCAGGGCCAUACCCACAGUGCAGACUGGUGGUCCUAUGGGGUGCUGAUGUUUGAGAUGUUGACGGGCUCCCUGCCCUUCCAGGGGAAGGACCGGAAGGAGACCAUGACACUGAUUCUGAAGGCGAAGCUAGGCAUGCCCCAGUUUCUAAGCACGGAAGCCCAGAGCCUCCUGCGGGCACUGUUCAAGCGGAAUCCUGCCAACCGGCUCGGCUCCGGCCCUGACGGGGCAGAGGAAAUCAAGCGGCAUGUCUUCUACUCCACCAUUGACUGGAAUAAGCUGUACCGGCGUGAGAUCAAGCCACCCUUCAAGCCAGCCGUGGCGCAACCCGAUGACACCUUCUACUUUGACACUGAGUUCACCUCCCGCACGCCCAAGGACUCCCCAGGCAUCCCCCCAAGUGCCGGUGCCCAUCAGCUGUUCCGCGGCUUCAGCUUCGUGGCCACCGGCCUAAUGGAGGACGACGGCAAGCCUCGGGCCACACAGGUGCCCCUGCACGGGGUGGUACAGCAGCUACACGGGAAGAACCUGGUUUUUAGCGAUGGCUAUGUGGUAAAAGAGACAAUUGGCGUGGGCUCCUACUCUGAGUGCAAGCGCUGUGUCCACAAGGCCACCAACAUGGAGUAUGCUGUCAAGGUCAUCGACAAGAGCAAGCGAGACCCCUCGGAAGAGAUUGAAAUUCUUCUGCGGUACGGGCAGCAUCCCAACAUCAUCACUCUGAAAGAUGUGUACGAUGACGGCAAACACGUGUACCUGGUGACAGAGCUGAUGCGGGGAGGGGAGCUGCUGGAUAAGAUCCUGCGGCAGAAAUUCUUCUCGGAACGUGAGGCCAGCUUCGUCCUGCACACCAUCAGCAAGACCGUGGAGUAUCUGCACUCCCAGGGGGUCGUGCACAGGGACCUCAAGCCCAGCAACAUCCUAUAUGUGGACGAGUCUGGGAACCCCGAGUGCCUGCGCAUCUGUGACUUUGGCUUUGCCAAGCAGCUGCGGGCUGAGAACGGGCUCCUCAUGACACCUUGCUACACCGCCAACUUCGUGGCACCCGAGGUCCUGAAGCGCCAGGGCUAUGAUGAAGGCUGCGACAUUUGGAGCCUGGGCAUUCUGCUCUACACCAUGCUAGCGGGAUACACUCCAUUUGCCAACGGACCCAGUGACACACCAGAGGAAAUCCUGACCCGGAUAGGCAGUGGCAAGUUCACUCUCAGCGGGGGAAACUGGAACACGGUUUCAGACACAGCCAAGGACCUGGUGUCCAAGAUGCUGCAUGUGGACCCCCACCAGCGCCUCACAGCCAAGCAGGUCCUGCAGCACCCGUGGAUCACCCAGAAAGACAAGCUUCCACAGAGCCAGCUGUCACACCAGGACCUGCAGCUUGUGAAGGGAGCCAUGGCAGCUACCUACUCAGCGCUCAACAGCUCCAAGCCCACCCCUCAGCUGAAGCCCAUCGAGUCGUCUAUCCUGGCCCAGCGGCGGGUGAGGAAGCUGCCGUCCACCACCCUGUGA